AGUUAUCAAGAACUUAAAGAGGAAAACUCCAUGCUGAGGAGAAAGAUCAAAAGAAUACAGAACUUCUCUGAAAGUCAGACCCAGAUGGUACGAAACCUUGAGAGGACGCUGCAAGCCACUAUGAACAAGGAGGAGAAAGAAGCUCAAGAUUUGGAAGCACUGAUGCAGCAGGCAGAGCAGAAUCUUCAGUGUAUGACCCAAAGAGCUCUGAAGGCAGAAAGCAAUAUUGAGAAGAUGAAACAAGAAAUGGCCUUCCUUCAGGCCGAGUUGACCUGCUACAAAGUAGAGAAUGAAAGCCUGCGAUCAGGCCAAUCUACUAAUAUGGGAGCAGUGAAACAGCAUGUGGAUAUCGCUUUGCAAAACCUUCUUAGAGUCACCAACCAUGCUCAUGCUACAAUUCAUCAGUUGGUCUUUGGUGCAGAAACACUGACACUUGUUGCUGACCUGCUUAAAUCUGUGGGUAGAAUGUCAGAAGUUGAAAAGGAAGAAGAGACCAGACUAACUUAG